UGCCUUGAUUGUUUUCGUCACCAUGACGUGAAGGAGGAUGAGUCGUCGACAAAAGAGAGAUGCGUUGUUUCUUUUCGUCCGGCACCAAAGGCUGCUGGUUGACCUCAUAAGGGGGAGGAAGAGGAAGGACGUCUAUGGCACCCCUGCUGCUCAGGCGGUUGGUGAAGAAGGAUGCCCACGGCGCCCUUGCUGCACAGCCACCAGGUGGUGCAAGUCACCUGGCCCCUUGGGGGGUCCGACUAUUUAUCGUGGUAAAUUUCAACCAAAAUGACCGGAUUUCACUGGAUGAUUUUCUGUGUUUUUGUUGGAAGAGGAGAAACCCAUACAAUUUCCCCUACUCUACAGUGUUCCCCAGGCAUUUCACUUCCUCUUUUGCUUUUUCAAUUUAACCUUGACAUCCUCCAACCCAGUUGUGGGAGAAGAUAGUGUAGCGAGUGUGGCUUCCUGGGCCAGGAUAGCUUCAUGGAGGCCUGUCGUCAGGGUUUUUUUCUUUAAUUUGCGAGGCUUCCGAUUCCAGUUUAGUUCCAUAUAAGCUGCUAAAUUUGGCCUACAAUUAAGUAGUUUUGAGUUGAGAUUGUCGUCUAGCCUAUAAUUAACCUCUUCCUCUGCCGUCUUCAUUUCGCUUUCCUGCUUGAGGACUUCUUGAUGUCUGGCCAAAGCAGCAGCAACUCUCUUCUCUUCUGCUUCCAAAUGUAGUGCAUGGGCCAACUCUAAGGAUUCCUUCUUGGUCAUCAAUUCCAUUUUAAGUUCCUUAAUCGUCUUCUUCAGUUCUUUCCACGCACAUGGUGCAUCUUCGGCUAUCUUGAACAGCUUUAUCCUCCUCCGGUUCAUGCUUCACCAUCUACAGCUCAGAAAGGGCAGCUCCAUGUCUGGCUUUUGCAGCAAAUGCUAGAUUCUCUGCAAUCCCUUGCUUGAUUUCUUCAGCCUGCAAUUCAACAGACUUGCAAUCUUCAUUUGCUUGCUCUUCUUAAUCUACAGGUCUACUUGUUUCUCGAUGAGCCCUUUUCGAUGAGCCAUGAUGAGCAAGAUCCAAACACCAUUCAAAUGAAAGAGGCGGUUGCGGACAACCGCCCCAUGCACAUUUUCAGCUUUCCUCUAUACAAAAUGAGGAUGUUUAUUCAAAUUCGAUGAUUAUCAAAAUGCAACGUCCAUCCAGAUGCGAGCAUGGAACUAUAUAUAUUAUAGGGGAUGCAAGCGAAUGGAAAGAAUAUGUCUCUUCUUCUUCUUCCGCUGCCUAUCGAGGGGGAACAUCCAAUGGCUGGAGAACGGCCCUCUUCCCCUUUGGCAGACUGGUUUCCGUUUCCUCAGGAGGAGGCGUUUGGGACAUUCGGUCGCAAUCAGAAGCUUUGUCACAAGGGCUUAUUAGGACGGCAGUCUGCCUACAAGGGUUUCUACUCUCCAAGGCGCGUCGGAGACAACGGCAAGACGCCAUCACCUGGGUACAUAGAAAUGAAAAAAGAAAGACUGGACACCUACUUGAGUGGAAGGCUGCCAAGACUCUCCGCCGGUGGCUGAGUUUUUCAUGGCACGCAGUCCUUUUUUCUUCCCCCUUCUGGACGCACAGAGUGGCGAUGGAGAAAAGCGGAGCCGCUGGCGUCUGCUGCCGGUCGCCGCAUGCCAAACGAAGCCCGGUGGUCUCCGAGGCCAAGCCAAAACGAGAGGGUGGCUCCUUCCACCGGCGGGCCAGCAGAGCUGCUGCCAAGAAUGGCCAGCCGAGGUCGGAAUAGAAGGCGGCCGGAACAAGAAGGAUUUUUUUCUCCAACCUCCGACAGCCGAUGUUUGAUCGGAGGGUUUGGCCCUCUGACAAAGACGGAACAGAAGGGUCGAAAGCGGAAAAUGAGCGCUACCCUCCGUCCCCACGUUCCGCUCUGUCGCCGGCCGGCCCUCCGAGCACCGGGCGAUGCUGUUUAUCUUAUUUUAUUUGCUUUUUUGUUUGUAUUUUUGUUUGCUUGUUGAUUCACAGUUUUCAUAUCCGAAUUAA